AUGGUUGGGUUCAAGGGUUUGGCCUGGCUGCCGGAGCCGGCCCACCGCCGCUUCACCUCCAAUGAGAAGAAGGGCUGCUCCAAUUUAGGGAUCCUCGCCUUCGAGACGGCUCGAAUCGUGUCGCGGCUGGUGUCCCUGUACAGAUCAAUCAACGACGAGGAGAUCUCGCGGCUGAGGAACGGCGUCUUCAGAUCCAGGGGCGUCCAGUUCCUAAACUCCGACGACGAGGAGUUUUUGCUGAGCCUCACGUGCGCUGAGAAGGUCGAGGAACUCGAUCGAGUCGCGGCCGCCGUCGCCUGCUUGGGCAAGAGGUGCGACGAUUUCGGUCUCAACCGGUUCGCCGUCAUCUACACCGAUCUGAAAUUGGGGAUCGUCAAUUUGGGGAAAUCGGAGCUGUACGGGUCGCGGGCGGCGGAGAAGAGGGUUCGGAAGAUGGAGAAAUUGGCCUCGACGACGUCGUCUCUGCAUUCUGCGGCGGACGCCUUGGCCGAUUUGGAGGUUUCCGACCGGAAAUUGAAGCAGCUCAGCCCCCGGCAGCUCGAGGUGAUGAAGAUCGACAUGGACGAUUUCAGCAAAAAGCUCGAAAACCAGCGCAAGGAAGUUCUCAAUCUCAAGGAGACUUCUCUAUGGAGCCAAACCUUCGACAAGAUCGUCGACCUCAUGGCCCGAACCGUAUGCGUCGUCUACCUGAGAAUCUGCUCCGUUUUCGGGCCGCAGCCCAUGAAUCUCAGGCAGAAAAUCGUCCCACAUUCGGGCCCUCUGCUAACCAAGUCGAAGCCCGUUAUGGUCCGGUUCCAUAGCCAGAGGUCCAUCGACUUUCCCGACGAGGACAAAACGGGCCACGGCCCAGACGGCGUGAUCCAUUUGGCUGGGCCCGAAACAGUCGGGGGUUCGGGCCUGACAACUCUGUACGCAAACAUCAUCAUACUUGCUGGUAAGUACUUGGGCUCGACAAGCCCGAUCAGCCAGGACGAGCGGGAGGAACUCUACCGGAUGCUGCCGGAAAACUUGCGGUCGGUUUUGAGGUCGAAGCUGGCGAAGAAGAUGAAGACUGCAGAAAACGACGAGCUUUUGGCAGAAGGUUGGAGGGAGGCUAUGGGCGAGAUGUUGGACUGGCUCGGGCCCAUGGCCCGUGAUAGCGUGAUGUGGCUGAUGGAAAGGAAUGUGUUGGAGAAGAUGAGGUUCGAUGGGUGUGGAAAAACGAGUAGCGUUCUUUUGUGUCAGACUCUGCAUUUUUCGGAUAGGGAGAAAACCGAGGCUGCCAUAGCCGAGGUCUUGGUAGGACUGAGUUGCAUUUUCAGGUUCGAAAACCGGCGAGCAGGUGCGUGA